CACGUUUCACGCGCGCCCCCCACCCACGCUUCUUCCUCCCCGAGACCCCCUUCGAGCACUAGCAGCCGCGCGUCCCUCGCGCCGAGCGCCGCCCAGCCUUCCCCCCCUUUGACGUCGCGCCGUCCAGCCAGCCAUCCGGUCGAUACCUCAGAUCUCGCCGGCCGAAGUCUUCCCAGCGCGCCGCCUCAGACCUCGAGCCGAUCAGCCCAGUCGCGCGACCCACGCGUCCGUCCAGCCCCGUCCCUUCGCGCUCCUCCUCACGCCGUCCGUCGCGCGUCAGCCGCCGCACACCGGAGCCCACCAACGCACCUGCCGUUCGCGCCCGGGCCGUGAGCCGCCAUCCUUUGGUUCUGCCGCCGGUUUCGCCGCCGUAGGAGCCAAGCAACCGCCGAACGUCACUGCUGACUUCGCCGACCGGUCAUUAGCCAAGAAGUCGCACGUGCCAAUCACACGAAGUGGAGAAAGAAAGAGCCGGUAUAAAAGCCCAUCUGUCUUCAAGAUUCGUUUCGUUUCUUCAGCAAAAUUGGCCAAUCGCUCGCUUUUCCGCCAUGGGUGUCUUGUUUCACUCUUCAGAAUUCCUCCUCCCUUCUUCUUCUCGGCCCGACCACCGCCAUUCUUCAACCUACGUCCUAGUUCUGCUCAAUCAACGCCUCCCCAAAUUCACUCCCCUGCUGUGGAAAGCAGCACAACUUCGUCUGUGUGCCGAUGGAGGCGCCAAUCGUGUAUUUGAUGAAUUGCCUUUGAUGUUUCCUCAUCUAGAUGCUUUGGAUGUUCGUAAUAGCUACAAGCCAGAUGUUAUUAGAGGAGACAUGGAUUCAAUUCGGACAGAAGUACUAGAAUUUUAUGCUAAGCAAGGAACCAAGAUAUUUGAUGAAUCUGAAGAUCAGGAUACCACAGACCUACAUAAAUGUGUUGCAUAUAUUCUUCAAUCUAUGCCAAAUCUGGAGGAGUCUAACUUGUAUAUACUUGUUGCUGGAGCUCUAGGUGGACGGUUUGAUCAUGAGAUAGGAAACAUCAAUGUUCUAUGUCGUUUCUCAACCACGCGCAUAAUCCUUCUGUCUGAUGAUUGUCUUAUUCAUCUUCUGCCAAGGACUCAUCACCAUGAAAUCUAUGUUCACUCAUCUGUUGAGGGUCCACAUUGUGGUCUCAUUCCAAUUGGAAUGCCUUCUGGAAGUACUACAACCACCGGUCUCCAAUGGGAUUUGAGUGACACAGAGAUGAAGUUUGGGGGUCUGAUUAGCACAUCAAAUAUAGUUAAAGAAGAGAAAGUAACAGUGCAAUCUGACUCCGAUCUUCUCUGGACGAUAUCAUUAAAAAGCCAUGCUUCAAUUAAUAAUCAGGAUUAGGAAGAGUAUUUGCAAAUGGGUAAAUUUUCUCUCUCCUGAUUUUGGAGAUCAGUGCCAUUAUACAUGUAUGUCGAUUGUAUUCUGCAACACUUAAUAAUACUCUCUAUUUUUUGAGAGCUAAAGUAUACUUUAUCAGCAGCGACAUUUUGAUUUCUAUACUUAACAUUUUUUUGAACAAAAA